GUCACUGGCCGACUUCCCGAUGGAAAGUCCAUUGUUGAAAAGGCGUUGGAUCUGAAUUGGGAUGAAGUGGCGCUGUUGCUCUUUGACCGCGGCGCCUCACUGGACAGCGAUCUGGUCGCGCAAGCACGCGCAUUGCGUGCGGCGGUGGAGGGUGGACACCGCGAGUUGGCCAAACGACUAGUGGGGCAGAUGGCCGAAGAUCGCGAUGCGUGGCUGAGACCGGCAGCGCCGGAGGCUGAAGGUCUGGCUGAAUGCCCAGUUUGCUUCAGAGCUCUUUGCGAAGGUGGUCCAGCGGUGCUCUUCGAUACCAACGGGCGUCGGGUAUGUGGGCAUUUCCUCUGCGCUGCCUGUGCCACAGAGUUGGCCUCGCAAUCCACCAACCCGCGCUGUCCCGUGUGUCGCCAGCAGUUUCAACCGCCUCCAGCACGACCCCCCGACCCGCGCGAGGACCCAGCCGGGUGGUUCGCCUUCUUCGACGAAGACGGCUCUGGCUACUUGGAGCUGCAGCUACUGGAGAAGGUCUUGCCUGCAGUUGUGCCAGUGGAUGCCACGAAACUGGAGGCAUCUCUGCGCGGCUCUCUUUGGAGAGAAUGGGACCCAGAUGGUGAGGGUCGUGUAUCACGGGGGGCUUUCUGUGCUGAGAGUGGAUUGCUGAGAUGGCUGGCAGAGCAUCUGGAAGAGCUACAGGAAGAGCGAGAAAAAGGGCCUCCUCCACCUUUGGAGCAAGACCGUGAAGGAUGGUUUAGACAUUGGACCAGCCCCGGCACGCAGGAAAUGGGCAAGGCGGAGGUGUUGCGUGCGGUUCUAAAGUCGUGUGGAACCUCCUCCUUGGAAGCCUCAGCCGUGGCUGCCAGUCGGGAGUGGAUCGAGCGAUGUUGGUUGCUUUGGGACAGAGACAAAUCCGGGCGGAUUUCGUUGAAGGAUUUCUGUGCAGAUGGUGGCUUGGCAGACAUGAUGCUGCAACAAAGCACUUUGGCUGCCGCGAAGCGUGUAGUGCGCCGCAUGGAGCUGGAAGUCCAUGAUCCUGCUGCAUUGGUAGCAUGUUGUCAGCAGCUGGUAGAGUGUAGUGUUGGUAUUCGACCAGAGGCGCGCCUGGUGAUUGUGGUGAUUGGGGUGAUUGGGCGCGGGCUGACGCGGUGGAGUCGUGGCCUGCCACUGCCUGCCGGCGGUUGCGAGAACGUGCUGUACAGCCGCUUGCACCCAAUGGCAGCACCUGGUGUGAAAGCACCAUAG